UUAAGGCUCACACAGAUUCUGAAAAUCAUGGUCCCUAGAACAUUUUGUAAAGAGACAGGUUACUUGAUACUUAUUGCUGUUAUGCUGGUGUCUCGAACAUAUUGUGAUGUUUGGAUGAUUCAAAAUGGGACACUCAUUGAAAGUGGUAUCAUUGGUCGUAGCAGAAAAGAUUUCAAGAGAUACUUAUUCAACUUCAUUGCUGUCAUGCCUCUCAUUUCUCUGGUUAAUAACUUCCUGAAGUAUGGCUUAAAUGAGCUCAAAUUGUGCUUCCGAGUAAGACUCACUAAAUACCUCUAUGAGGAGUAUCUUCAAGCUUUCACAUAUUAUAAAAUGGGAAAUCUGGACAACAGAAUAGCUAAUCCAGACCAGCUGCUAACACAAGAUGUAGAAAAAUUUUGUAACAGUGUAGUUGAUCUGUAUUCAAAUCUUAGUAAGCCAUUUUUAGACAUAGUUUUGUAUAUCUUCAGGUUAACAAGUGCAAUUGGAGCUCAGAAUGUGUUUUCACAUGGUGUACCUAACAAAGUCUGUGAAGAAAUUGCCUUUUACAAUGGGAAUAAAAGAGAAAAGCAGACAAUCCACUCAGUCUUCCGAAAACUGGUGGAGCAUCUACAUAAUUUCAUUUUGUUUCGGUUCUCUAUGGGCUUCAUUGAUAGCAUAAUUGCCAAAUAUCUUGCAACUGUAGUUGGUUACCUGGUUGUCAGUCGUCCUUUCCUAGAUUUGUCUCAUCCUCGACAUCUCAAGAGUACACAUUCAGAACUGCUGGAGGACUACUACCAAAGUGGAAGAAUGCUUUUGCGAAUGUCUCAAGCUCUGGGUCGAAUAGUUUUGGCUGGGCGCGAAAUGACUAGAUUGGCUGGUUUUACUGCUCGGAUUACAGAAUUAAUGCAAGUAUUAAAGGAUUUAAAUCACGGCAAAUAUGAACGCACAAUGGUUUCACAACAGGAAAGGGGAAUUGAAGGAGCACAAAUCAUUCCCUUAAUACCUGGUGCUGGAGAAAUCAUCAAUGCAGAUAACAUUAUAAAGUUUGAUCAUGUUCCUUUAGCUACGCCAAAUGGAGAUGUCUUGAUCCAAGACCUUAGUUUUGAAGUUCGAUCUGGGGCCAACGUUCUAGUUUGUGGUCCAAAUGGCUGUGGAAAGAGUUCACUUUUCCGUGUUCUUGGUGAAUUAUGGCCUCUUUUUGGAGGACAUCUAACCAAACCUGAGAGAGGAAAGUUAUUUUAUGUUCCUCAGAGACCUUAUAUGACCCUUGGAACACUUCGAGACCAAGUAAUAUAUCCAGAUGGAAGAGAAGAUCAGAAAAAGAAGGGGAUAUCUGACCUAGUACUGAAGGAAUACUUAGACAAUGUCCAGUUGGGUCAUAUCCUUGAACGGGAAGGAGGCUGGGACAGUGUUCAGGACUGGAUGGAUGUACUCAGUGGUGGAGAAAAACAAAGAAUGGCGAUGGCAAGAUUAUUUUAUCAUAAACCCCAGUUUGCCAUUUUGGAUGAAUGCACUAGUGCGGUUAGUGUGGAUGUGGAAGGCUAUAUUUACAGUCAUUGUCGAAAGGUCGGCAUCACCCUCUUCACUGUGUCACAUAGAAAAUCUCUUUGGAAACACCACGAGUACUACCUGCGUAUGGAUGGCAGAGGAAAUUAUGAAUUCAAACAGAUAACAGAAGAUACAGUUGAGUUUGGCUCUUAGAGAAAUCUGGGGAACUGUAUCUGCUUCAAUGAAAUAAUUAAAGAAUACACUUAGAAAUACAAAGUACAUUGUAAAAUAAAGUUGAGCUUUCCUUUUUUUUUUACACAAAGCAAAAGAUUAACUAGAUACAGAAUAAUUGAAGACAAGUUGUUAAAACAUUUAAUAUUAUAUAGGAUAUUGCUAAUUGUGUAUAUGUUGGUUUAAUUAUUAAUAUGUACUAAGAAUGUCCUUAUUCUUGUGGUUAAAACCUGCCUAAAUUAAAUUGGGCUUAAAUUAGUGUAACCUGAUUCAUCCUGGGAUGUAAACCAUUUGAAGUCAGCUAAUUUGACUUUUAUGGCUCUGUCUUUUCCUUCAAUGAAGAACCCUGUUUAAAACUGGGGUCAUCAUUUGUCCUAUUCUAACAAGAUAGUCCUGAGUUUCAUUUUCUUGUGCCCCAUGGUAGUGGGAAACAAAUCGUAAUGUAUUAUUAAAAUGUAUAACAUCAUUGCAUAAUAGCAUUUAUUACACAGUGGCAGAUUUUUUUAGCUGUCGCAAUUAUAUACUCAUCCCUUGUAUAUGUCUUGGGGUGCAUUUGACUCCAGGAAGGCCAUUUGUAUUUUCUUUAGCUAAAUAAAUGCCCCUCUCAAUCUGCAGUAUUGCGUUAUUUGAGGGUUCUUUGUGGUGAUGUAACAAAUGUAUAUGUGCAGUCUUGCUUACAAGGAGUGGUUACUACAUGUCACACCUAAUCUUCACAAUGUUUGGGGUAUUAAAACACAAAGUCCUUACAUGUCAUGCUCAAGGUCUUACAAGUAUUUUAGAUUUUUAAAAGAAUUGGAAAGAUUGUGUAUUGUAAGAAGCCCAUUCAUUAGAAGUAUGGUGGUUAGAUGGUAUUAAAUUCCAGAUGAGCCAUAGGAAUGCACUACAUGAAUGCACUAAGUAUGAAAUGCUAUCACUGUCUUUGAUCGUGAUUUUGUUUAAAAAAUGUUAUAAAAUUAUUAUGCAUAUGGAUGAAUUUUGUUUUCUAGGCACUGGUUUAUUUCUGUGAAUUUUGAAUAACUUUUUAAUAUUUUGGUUAUUAUGUUGAACUAUCUUAAUGGAAAUCAAUCUCAGCUCACCAAACCACCGUUAAUAACUACAUGUAUUAUUUGCACAGGGAGAACUGAAAGUGAAUAUAAUUAAUAAGCUAGAUUUGAAAUCAGUUUUACCAAACUGAGGUUCAGAAAGGGGCAUUUUGUACUCUUCUUUCUACAUAACCAGUUUUGUUUUUUUCAGAAUUAACUAUAAGAAUCACUGGCUACCAAAGUAAACUCGAUGUACUGAUUCCAUAAUAUGUAACAUUCAGUUUUUACCAAUUCUCUUUAGCAAACUUGUGUACCUAUUUUCUGUUCGGAUUAAAAAAAAAUCAGAUACCCUAUA